UAAGUUCCACCACAAUUCUACACACUCUGUUUUAAGUCUUGGUGCUGAGCUGAUACGUCUUGUCGACGUUUUUUAAAAUACGUUAACAUUUGCAGAUUCAUUCCUAUCCCAUUUUACCUUCGAUAAUUACGUCAGAUUUCCAGAUGGCUACUAGAGGUAUCUCUGAAAAUUCUUUCUCCUUGGACUCUUCUGUGUGCUUACCAGGGCAGGAUUCCUGUGCCAUAUGUCUAGGAGUACCUAAAAAUAAGUCAUUUGCAAAUAAUUGCCUUCAUGAAUUUUGCUUCUUGUGCUUGCAGAAAUGGUCCAUGGUGAGAGCUGAGUGUCCAUUGUGCAUGCAGCCUUUUAGUUCAAUAAUCCACACUGUGAAAUCGGAUUGUGAGUACUAUGAGCAUGUAAUUCAAAGACCAGGCCAGUCUGUUUCAAGAGUAGGCCCACCAGAAAUGACCACCAUACGUCUUGUUGUUGCUCAACAGCAGACAGCCAUUCAAGAUCGCCCAACAGCGUCAGUUUCUCGUGAUAAUGCUCUUACAUCUCAGGGCAUUCAUUCAAGAGUUAGUAUGGCAGUAGAGAAGCAAUCUGUUGCCCAAAAUCAAAUGACAGCUCCUAGUGUUGCUCUGCCAACUCAGCAAGUUAUUGCAACUCAACAAGUUACUGCAACUCAACAACAAGUUACUGCAACUCAACAACUUAAUACUGCAAUUCAACAACAAGUUACUGCAGCUCAAAUUUAUCUAGAAGCUCAGGAGACUCUACUACCACGCAAAGCAGAAAGUGUCCAUCAGUACUCACUUAGAUCAAAGACUCGCAGAGAAAGCAUCCCAAAUGUGGCUUCUAAUGUUAAUGAAUUCUGCCCUUUGAAUUCCUCGAUUCCUCAGCGUCCUUGUAGUCUCCAACUAAGUCAAGUUACUGCCACCCCAGUCGACCAAUCGCAGUGGUGGCAUCGUUUGGUUUGUGAGGGCAUGCGGAAUCUAAUGGUCCAGGAAAUGGUGCAGGCAAUAAUUCCCGAUCCAAGUUUCAUGAAUCAGAAUGAAAUGGAAACCGUUUGCGGAUACGCACGCAAAUUUGAAAUUGAUUUGUACAAGACGGCAAAUUCUAAACAGCAGUACACUUUACUUCAUUCUACCAAGAUCAACGAGUUCCGCACAGAUAUGGACCAGAAACAAAAAAGGGCAUUCAUUCAGCGUAUUCUGUCAUCCAAGGUUUUGGCGUUGGACUUGGAGCGUCCACUAGAUCUCAGUAAUCCCCGUAGCAGUAAAGCUGUUCUUAUCAAUCAAAAUGCCACAGGUGCCAAAGAACAUCUUCAAAUAGUCGAUGAAAAGGAAGAAGAAGAUGAGGAAUGCAACAACCCUAUUUCGUUCACUGAAAGCGAUGGAAGCGGACGCAACGGAAGUUCAAUGGUAGAAAAUACAGAUGGUAUCCAACACACCGGUCAGGUAUCAUUUGUUGAAGAUGAUAGUGAAGAAGUCGUUAUUUUGGAAAUAGAUCCUAAACCCCUACCUGAACUUAUAAUUUUAUCCGAUUCGGACGAUGAGUAGAAAA